GCAUCUCAGCGUCUAUGCGAAAUUACUCGCCAUGGUCCCUAUCCUAAUAACAGCCCAAGCGCUCAAGCCUGUACAUCUGAUUGUGUCAACCAAGGGUCAACCAUCUAUCGGUCACACCGCUUACCACGGGGCGCUUGCAAAAGUGCCCAGUGUCCGAACCUGGAAUAACAUUUGGAACUUCCAGUGUUAAGGUUCAUCAAUAAUCAUCUAUGGGCGUAUCUGAGCCUCGUGUGAGAGAUAACGACUAUAAAACGGCCAUCAGAAUACCUCCUGACUGCCCCCAUCAUCUUUUCGCCCCCAUCUGUACUUUGGCAUAGUGGCUUUAUCCAUAACAGCAGCAAGGAUGCAAACAAAUGAACCGGUAAUCCCUGGGGCAUUAGCAGAAAAUGUCCCUGAGCUCCCACUCGACAAAACGGAGGAGGCUGGACACCAUUACUUGCGACGUUGGCGGAUAUGGGCUCCAGUCAAGCCGGAUAAUCUAGUUGCAUGGCCACCUCCAACGCCAGGAUGGGACGCUCAAGCCGUGCAAUACGCUUGGCAACCAUACGACCCAUCAUCUGUUCAACCCGCGCCACCUCGCGAGGACAUUGACAAUUACUUUUAUCUCGACAUUCGUCAUCACCGGGAGGCGGAACCUGAUGUGGUUUUCAGCCAUUUCAGCGCCACCUUGAUCGACUUCCUGCGCAUGGUUAUCGGUGGAGAAUUUUUCAACUCGAAUCCGGAGUCGCCUCUCACUCACCUUGUAUUCAAACUCGACGACCUCAAGGACCACCUUUCGGACGCCCGCUCAGCCUUGUCUAACCUUUCCGGGAAAGAGUUGCAGACAAAAGCACACGAUCUUGGCCGCUUAGACUCACUGUCCCCGCAGAAAACCGAACAGGACGCCCAGAAGUACCUCGAGGAUCUAGUUGAUCAUUUGGACGUUCUUAUACCUUUGGUCGAGGAAGAGUUCAAGCCCAUAUCCAAGCGCCUAGAAUUAGAGCUAUCUUACGGCCACAUUUCAUUUGAUCUUCUCAUGUACUAUUUCAAGAAAGGGGGGAAAUACUAUUACGAUGAUCUGGGUGACCAGCUGGCGUUUGUACUGGAUAGCACGAGCAAAGACUUGUCUUUCGGAACCCUUAACCUCCAAGGCCAUGGUAUGACGUGGGAUGGCAAUUGUUACGUCCACGAUAUGAGACUUGUUGACAUUCAUCGUUACCCCGGGACAAAGGCAUUGUCUGAUCUUCAGUGCAAAAUUAUGUCAGAUGACGUACACCAAGAACUGACUGAGCGCGGAAGAUUGUAUGCUGCUGUAUCGGGUGUCCAUUUCAAGGCCUGUGAUGGUCGCCGCGUGAUUAUUGAUCAAAAAGGCUAUGACGAGAGGGAGCUAGAGUCACAUGGAUAUGUUCCACAUUCAGGUAGAUACCGCACGGCGUCUCCGCCACCGCCACCUGUGCCUGGUUAUUGUGAUACACAUGUUCCUCGUCCUGGUUCUCCUUAUGCCGAUGAUAACGUUGGUGGAGAAUGGCAGGAACCUGUAAAGAUGAUCGCGGAAGACAAAUUGGACCUCUUGCCAGUGAAAGUAUAUGGUUUCGAUGUCCGUCGCAAGUCUUGGGAGCAGUUUGAUGUUCGUAAACUUGAGGAGAUCCAUUUCAAUGAACGUGCUUGGGACCAUCUCGUUCUUAAUAAAGCGACAAAGGCUCUUAUCAAAGGACUCGUCAAUGUCACAAAGACGGCCAAUACCUCUAGGGAGGUGUUCUCUGACGUCAUUACUGGGAAAGGUGGAGGAUUGAUCGCGCUCCUGCACGGUCCGCCUGGGACAGGCAAAACACUAACCGCGGAGGCUGUGGCCGAACACCUGAAACGGCCUCUCUACGUUCUUAGUUCGCUCGAGCUUUCGACUACACCCGCUACUUUGGAGAAAAAGCUGGGUGAUAUUCUGAAGCUUGCAACAACAUGGGAUGCGGUCGUCCUCAUUGACGAAGCCGAUGUGUUCCUGGAGCAAAGGAGUCUUCACGAGUUGGAGCGAAACGCCCUCGUUUCUGUUGCUCUCCGGGUGCUCGAGUACCAUCGCGGCGUCCUUUUCUUGACUACCAAUCGUAUCCAGGCCUUUGACGAAGCUUUCCUAUCGCGUUUCUCCAUCGCCGUGAAGUACCCAGACUUGGAUGCUGACGCCCGUUUGUCCAUCUGGCGAAAGUUCUUCGAGCUUGCUGGGUGCGAGUUGUGGGGCGGCAGUGGACAACCUGGAGAUGGACGGCAGAGUCCGGACGGGUUUGUCAAACUCGAAGGACGAGAGCCGCAGUGCUAUGUUUCGCUUUCUGACCUGAAGGAACUGGCUGAGAAGCCUUUCAACGGUCGGACUAUCAAGAACCUUGUGCGGACCGCGCAAGCGUUGGCCAUGUCAUCGGAUGAACCACUUUCCCUUGAACACGUCAAGGUGGUGGUUGAAGCGCAAGAGAAAUUCUUGACGGAAUUCGCUCAAGUCAAAUUAUGAUCGUCGACCUUGCCAUUAUGACUGUAGUUUGUAUUAUCGUGUAACAAUAGUCGCGCCCUUCGCAUGUACGUCACAGAUAUGAUAGAUAUGAUUGAUAUUUUGCCAGUGCUUAC